CAGCACAGCCAUUUCAACCACGCCUUUAAAAGUAGAUUAUCCACAAAAGAGGAGAGUCGAAGAUUUUUUUUCUGCCUUUUUCUAGCCUUGCUUGAGUUUUUCAAAGGGAAAGUGGUUUUAUUUGCAUCGUUGGGAAGAGGGACUCUGCUGUGGAGACGAGCGGCGGUCAGAUUCCGCUGCCCGCUUGCCUGUGCGUAAAAUAAAAGUUUAACACACCGAGGAGAUCAUUUGAGCGGUCUGGGAGCUCAGCGAACUCUCCACUAUACUCUCCGGGAAUUGUAAAGCUCACACCGGACGCCCAACUGGAGGAGGAUAUAUAACUUUUCGACACAUUCUGUGCAGAGACACGGAGGCGGGUUGGUCUCACGGAGAGCGGAGGAAUCCACCUCGCUGCGCCGGGAGGAGUGCGCGCCGCGCCGGGUAACAGACUGACCCAAAGCACGGCACCUCGGAGACAAGGUUAUGAGGGAACUGAGCUGAACAUGGAGCUUUUCUGGAUUUUGUUAUUUUCUAGUGUCUGUCCUCUCGCCUGGGGCCAAGGAGUUUAUGCUCCAGCCAACGCCCAGAUUGUGCACUCGGGCGCAGCGUGUAACGUCAAGGAUGAUAACAUCAGUGAGAGAAUCUACACCAUCAAAGAGGGAGACACACUAGUGCUUCAGUGUAUUGUUAAAGGACACCCACGACCACAGGUGCGGUGGACGAAGACGGCAGGCAGUGCAUCAGACAAGUUCCAGGAAACAUCCAUCUACAACGAGACGCUGCGCAUCGAGGGCAUCCAGAGGGUGCAGGGGGGUCGCUACUACUGCAAGGCCGACAACGGGGUGGGGGUGGCUGCCAUCAAGUCCAUCCGCGUAGAUGUGCAGUACCUUGACACACCAGUUCUGACGGUGCACCAGACCAUCAGCGAUGUUCGUGGCAGUUACUACCAGGAGAAGACGGUGUUCCUGCGCUGCACCGUCAACUCCAACCCUCCCGCACGAUUCAUCUGGAAACGUGGGAACAUGCUCAUCGAACAGAGCAAGGACAAUGGAGUGGACAUCUACGAGCCGCUUUACACUCAGGGUGAGACCAAGGUGCUGAAGCUGAAAAACCUGCGGCCAAAGGACUUUGCUGAUUACGCGUGCCAGGUGUCCGUCCGCAACGUGUGCAACAUCGAAGAUAGGUCGGUCACCUUCAGACUCACGAAUGCCACAACUCCCCCAAUGAUCCGGCUGUCGGUGAACGACACGGUGGUGGUGGAUCCCGGGCAGGAUGUGCUCUUAACCUGUGAGGUCACCGCAGGUUUCCCCUUCCCCACUGUGAAGUGGUCUCGUUACCCCGGCCCCCUCCCCCUCAGCGCCCAAGUGCGAGGGCCAACGCUGAUUUUGCGGGCCGUCACACCGGCCGACGCGGGCUUCUACAACUGCACGGCUGUCAACAAUGUGGGAAACCCUGCUCGCAAGAACGUCAAUCUCGUUGUCAGGACAAUGAGCAACCUGACCUUCCAGAUUACACCUGACUCCAACAAGGACAGCGAGACCAUCCAAAUGGGUCGGGACCUCAAGCUGUCAUGCCACGUCGACGCCACCCCACAGGACAAGGUCAACUACACCUGGUACAAGAACGGCGCGCCUGUCUUCAACUCGGACAGCCUGAUCCUGCUGCGCAGUGACCCGGACAUGGCGCCGGGCACCAGCAGCCUGGAGAUCGUAGACAUGAAGUUCAGAGACUUGGCUACCUACAGCUGUGUGGCGAACUUCCCAGGGAGCAGGGUGCUGGAGCUCCGUGUGGAUGUGAACAUCUCUCAGAACAGCGUCUCUCCUCCAGUGCUGUCGGUUCCACCAGGGGGUCAGGUGGUCAGUGUGCGAGAGGGAGGUAACGUGGACCUGGUGUGCUUGGUGGUAGACGGCAAGCCACGUCCACCUAUACUGUGGUCACGGACAGAAAAGGACCUGCUAAUGCCAGCAGGAAAGACUAUGGUGGAGACGCCUGAUGGCCGCUUGAGGCUAAAGAACGUCAGCCGGGACAUGAUGGGGCUGUACCGGUGCCAGACUGCUCCAUACAAUGGCCUCAACAUCAAACGCAGGGAGGCACAGGUUCAACUCAAUGUGCAGUAUCCUCCCAUACUGGACCCAGUCUUCCAGGAUGUGCGCUCUAGGAACUAUCAGAUGGUGACCCUGAGGUGCACGGUCCUGCGGUCAAACCCGCCACGCCUAACGGACAUCCGCUGGUUCCGUAAUGGCGACUUCAUCCGCAUGCCCAUGCCGGACCUGAAGGAGACGCCGGAGCUGAAGUUCAAGCUGGAACCCACCAACAACGGCUCUUAUGAGUGCCGAGUCAGCAACAGUGCCGGAACGUCAACAUGCACAUUUAAUGUCUCUGCACAACCCUACAAUGCCGAGUUCUACUUUGACACACCCAACCCAGUCCGAAUCCUAAAAGGAAACAACUAUUCCUACAACCUGCAGUGGACCCAGAAAGAUCCUGAGGCCACAGACCGUAUCAUAGGCUAUUGGGUUAACAUCCGAAAGAACAAGCAGAACCUGCUGUCGAAGCAGAUAGACCUCAAGGGUAAAGAGCCAGAGAAGGGUGUGCUGAUGUCCCACACCAUAUCAGACCUGAGAAUCCCUCUGUCCUACGAGGUCCGACUGGCCCCCAUCACCACCUACAGCACUGGAGACUACAUCAGCCGCAUCAUACAGUACUCAGAACCCUACACCUACCCAAGACCUUCAGACCACGUGUGUGGUUUUGAGGAUGAGCGGAUCUGUGGUUUCUCUCAAGACCGGAGUGAUGUCUUUGACUGGACGAGACAGAAUCACCUGACGCAGAAUCCCAAGCGAUCUGCCAAUACCGGCCCCGAGACUGACCGCAGUGGAACCAAGGAGGGGUACUACAUGUACAUCGAAGCAUCACGGCCGCGUGUUCAGGGGGACAAGGCUCGUCUGCUUUCUCCACUUUUUAAUGUGACCUCAGUCAGGGGCCCUAAGGGCUCCGGCAGAGUCCCAUACUGUGUCUCCUUCUACUACCACAUGAAGGGCAAACAUAUUGGCACUCUCAAUGUGCUUCUGAGAGUGAGAAGCAUUGCCUCUGUGGACUCGGUGGUGUGGACGAAGUCUGGUCAUCAGAGCCCGGACUGGAAGAAAGCAUUCUUUGACAUCAGCCCCAGUGGACCCUUCCAGAUUGUGUUUGAAGGGAUUCGAGGCCUGAGCUUCGAGGGGGAUAUUGCCAUCGACGACGUGUCCAUCACCAUCGGGAAGUGCAAGCAGGAGAACACUGUAGCCAGCGCAGGUAAGACAGUUCUGAUUGGUGGAUCGCACCCGCUCCCAUUGGCCAGCUGGCUGACCUUUGGCCUCUCCUGCUUCCUGUCGCUACUCUACAGAUGAUGAGCACUUCCCACAGCACCACCUGUCUGUAGUGACAGACACUGCCCUGACUCGCGCUCUUUUACUUCUCUCUCCACCCUUCUCCCUGCCCUUUCCCAACUGUCUGUCCUUCUCCACUUGUUGUCUUUCUAUCCUUCGAGCUUACAUUUCAUCCUUCUCGCUUAGAUAAGUAGUGACACAAAGUCUUUGUCUAGUUUCUCCUGCUCUGCUUUCUUUGAACCUCUCCUCUCCAGACGCUCAGCGUAACAACUGACGCUCAUGCUGUAUUUAUGGUUAACAUACUUAAUGAUCUCUGACAGUCGAACUUCACUUUCUCUCCUUUGUCGAUCUAUUAAUCUGAUGAGAUUCACUGUAUCCAUGUCAGCGUCACUUUGUCACCUUUUCUGCCCCUUCAUCAACCUUUCUUCAUCCGCCCUGGUCAUGUAUCUCCGCUCCCUCCAACCGAAAUCCUCGACGGCCCCUCCACCCUAUUCCCCAGACACACCAAAGUGUCGGACACUCUACCAAAGAUGACAAAGGACCUGAGGGAAUAAAAUGAGGAAACCGGGAUUCCAGGAAGAAAGCGAAAGAGAGAGACAGAGAGAGAAAGUGGGGAAAAAUCCACGAAGACGUCUCCCCUACAACCCAACCUUUGGGACCAUGGGAGCGACUGAAUGGCAAAAGAGACAGAUGGGGUGAAAAAAAAACUGAUGAAUGAAUGAAUAAACAAAAGAUCGGUGAGGAAAGGACGAACUAGAAACAGAGGAAAAAAGAAGGGUGCUCCUGGUAGCCUCUCUGCUUGCCCUCUGCUUGCCACAAGAGACUAACCUCAGUGCGGAUUAUACGUGUACAUUUAUCUCUCUAUAUAUAUUAAAUAUAACAAAGUUUAAAGUAAAACACAACUAGGACAGUGGAGGACUUUACAAAGUGAAAUUAAAGAAGCACAACGUUUAUACAACCUCUGCUGUUCCUUUGGGUUUUAUUCUACUUAUUAUGUGAUGUUGCAAUUUGUCAGACCUAUUCAAUGUUUUUGAUAUUUUGUGUUUUGUUUUGUUUUUUUGUUUACGGCAUUAUAAGGGUCAAGGGCAAUGGGUAAUAAAGUAUUAUAUUAAUAUUUAUGAGAGGAAGAGGAGAUGAUUUGUGAUCCAGAGCCUGAAAUGAGCACGGGGAUGGAAAAGCAAGGACGACCCAAGCCACCUGGAUGGAAAAUUCAACUUUUCUUUACACACACAUGCACACGCACACACACUCAGUCACACGCACGCUCAGUUUUCCUUGCUGACAUCACAGUCCCACCCUCAGCUCACCCUCUGCCUCAAACACAUCUCAUUUUUGGACACCAUGGACGGCAGAUGCAACGUUCACCAUGAACUUCCCAUCACUGGACACCAUGACUCAGAUGUCUGAAUUGAUCAACCACAAUGGAAUAACUGGAUAUGUCUCUAAAGGAAAGAGAAGCCUGCUGUGGUACAGGGGGCCAGAAAAGAGCCUGCAGUGAGUUCACCUGAAUAUAUGAUCAGAGAGCACUCCUUUCUCCACACGCUAAUGAAUGUCAUGUAUGAAUUAUGAGUGAGAGGUGGAAAGGAGUGUCAGUGUCUGGCAGGUGUGCAGUGUGAAUUGCAUAUUGGAUUUUCUGUCAUUGUUUAAUUAGCGUUGAAUGUCUGUCGUGUAAAGCAGUUUCAUACUCACAUAGAUAUGAUUGUUAAAGGUAAGCAAUACUCAUAUCUAUAGAUCGAUAUUCAGUCGUUCAUGAUUACAUUUAAGAUCGCAGUUCAGUCUGCAGAAAAACAGACAUAAUGGCUACAUCUACCUUCGUUUAUCAGCUCUGAUUUAUUGUGUGUUCGCCAUCCAUAAUGUUAAAGCUGUAGCUGUUUGGGGGGCGGGUGGUAGCAUCCUUGCAUUUUGCUGCAUCAUGCUUCAACUUAUCUCUAGAAAACUCCACCUUCGCCAGUCACCCUGCUCCAGUAACUGAUCGGCUUGUGUAUGAUGUUCUGCUUCAUUACCACGUGCAUUACAUGUGAAUCAGUCCUUUCAGCACUGUAUGUACUUUUGUCUGUGUCAUGUCAUGUUGUUUUGAUUAUUGCACCUUUUUUUUUCUUUAAUCUGUUGGUUUUUUCUUUUUUGUGGUCUGGUUUGAUUUUCCAGUCAUAAACAGGACGUAACACACAGAGAUGGUGUGCCUGUUUGGUGCGAGCGGCACUUUCAAUGUUAAGACAGAUCUGUGAGACUCCACAGACAGCAGAGUGUGAUGAAAACACGGAGGCUCUUUGAAACCUGCGGUGAGCAAACUCUCGAAAACGUUUUAUCUCUGUCAUCAUAAAUGCACUUUGGUACGAUGGGUGGACCUGAUGGCAGGCUGUACCUAAAUGAUACAAACUAUUUUAGAAGAGAAAUUGUGUGACAUGCGUUCCUGUAAAAGUAGCUUGUUUGUUCUGCAAUCAUAUACCAUAAGACUAAGCUUAAAACAUUUUCAACUUUUUUAUAAUCUCCUCAAAAUGUCCUUGUCAUUUUCCAAAAGGACAACAUAGCAAAUUGUGUUUGGCAUUCAUUGCAAUAUCUCCAAUUGCACCAGCCGAUACGGAAUGUGGUGUUUAUGCCAUCUUAAGUUGUACGUGAGCAUCAUUUGGCACUGAAGCAACACACUGUGGGUCAGUACAUUACCCAUAUAGUACUAAAUACAUUUUAGAAAUAUCAUUAAGCAUUGACGUGCAUGGCAUUUCAUCAUGCUACCUGUCAUAUCAUUCCUCUGAGUGCUUCAUAUUUCAAUGACAGUAGUAACAGGAGAAACACUACCACUGUUAUCAUUGCAUUUAGACAUGUGACAGCUGCAGGUUAACAGACAGCAGGCACAGAACUGUGGGACUCUUAAGAUGUGUUGUCUGUACUUCCCAAACAGACACACACACACACAUCCUUGGGGUGUCCUGGGUGUGUUUUGGCUUUUUGUGACAACAUCUUUCUCGAGUGUGAAGGAGAAGACAUUACGUUAUUUCACAUUAUUUCACCCACACGAGAACAGACCAUCAAGGCAUAACGUGCACAUGUGCAAAUAAUCCAGCUCAUCGCUAAGCUCUGUGGUUAUGAUUGUGUUGACUGACAUGGCAGCAAAUUGUCACUUUUUGCCAACUGUAUUAUAAUACGUGUCAUGAGGCAAUAUGGCAAGGUUGAAAAGUAACGAGUACUCGAGCCACCUGCUCCUGUAUGAGAGCGCAACUUUUUGUUUUGUUUCUUUCCAAAAAUUAAUCAGCAAAACUCUUCAGAACUGGUGCACUAAGCUCAGUAGAGUGUAAAUCAAGCUACAACAUUAGUCUGAAUAUUUAGUAGUUGCCAUUUUGCAGGAUUCAGUGGAGCACACCUACAGCAACACUUCAUUCUAGUCAUGUCGUAUCUAGGACGGAUACAAAGUGAGGUUUGCCCACAUCUUCUAUAAUAAAAUCACAUGCUUAAAGCCUCACUUAGAAUUCAACUGAUGCAUAUUAUUUCAGUUGCUGAAUCAUCUGCUUCAUUUGUUUCAGCAUAACACCUCUCAGUAAAAUGAAAAUUUGAAAAGGUGAAGAAAUCAAAAGCUUUUGCCAAUAAUAAAAAAAAUAUCUGCCUCAGACGACACGCUUCGGUAGCAAACAAACAUCCUAACCCUGCCGAUCGUCAUGCAGAGCUGUAGCUGAGCACACUGAGAAUGUGUAGCACAGCUGGCAGGUAGCAUACAGUAGUUCAGAAGUGUGAGUUUUUUCACUUCAAGCACCAGAAACGUAAUGAGCCUGACUGAUGCUUUUCGAGUGUAGGGCUGAAAGUCCAUCAAGACGUCUUUGACAUUAACUUUGUAAACAGCACCCAGAGAACCCAACUUCAGUUAAGUCAUUACCUGUACAGCUCUGUGGUUUUUAACCAGCAAGCGUACUGGAUCAUUAGUUGCCUCUUGCGUUUUGACAAAUUAGUGCUUUGAUAGAAUUAGAUGGAUUGUCCAAAAGUAAAAAUAAAGCACUUGGAGGAUUUCAAAAGCAGUUUGAAAUGAUUUUGAUAAAGACAAACCAAAGACAACCAGCUAAAUGUUUACCACAUGAAUUAGUGAUGAAAAUGGGCUGAACUGUUUCAGAUUUUCUCUGAUCAGGCAGGUGACACAGUAAAUCUACUGGAGUCUAUUCCACAAUGUUUAAUAAGUUUUGACUUCAGUUCCAAUCCUCUCACAUAGAUUGAGUCGGUCACACAGUCCGUGUAAUCUUUCAAAAAGUUGCAAAAUCCUGUUAGUGUCCAUUAAAUGCUACUUGGUUAUUUCCACUUCAACCUGCUCAUUCAUCCGUUUACCGAUAAAUAGAUUUCUGCCAUCAUAAAGGUAAACAAUAACAACUGGAAUGACAAACUGACUGUUAAUCUUCCAUCUACUGUAUACUGUCUGUACUGUCUUGAACUGGUUGGAGUUGACCUGGAAGAGAUUGUCCGGAAGCUGCCAAUAACUGAGCAACUGAGUGGCAGUAGGAGUAUUCCUCCUGUCAACAGUAAUAAAGUGAGGUACAUGUUCAGAAGUUUUUUUUUUUUUUUUUUGUUGGAAAUAAGAUAAUGUGAAUCAACCUGAGAGUAAUGCUUCCCUGGAAUGUUAUUGAACAUUGUUAGGGUAUCACAGCCUUGCUUCACAGAGCUGAAUGACCUUUUCCACAAAACACUGUGACCUUUGCUAUGGUUUCCCAAAAAGAAAAAAAUUAAAAGCAGUGUUGAUUUGUUUUAGGAAAAUGUUUCUGUUUCAAUAUAAUGUAGUUCGAGUGAGUUUGUUCUCUCUCUCUCAAAAAAGCAACCGUCUGAUCCCACAUUCAAGUCCACAACUGAAUCCUCGUGUUCAAGUGGACUUUUUGAUGAUUUACCAAAACACAUGGAGGAGUCUCUGUGGCAACACACCUUUCACCAAGCAGCUUCAAAGGGAUACACCUUAAAACCUUAUAAAAUACUUUUUUAGGACUCACCUAGCAAUUGUAACUCACUGUGACAAGCAUCGUGCUCACAUUAAGAUGGUUUUGGGAAACAGUGCAUCGGUCACAGUGAUGGUACACACGCUCACUGUCAGGUUCUACAGCAUACAGCGCUCUAUGUAUUGAUCCAUUUUGGAACAAAAGAAGUGAAAUGCACCUUUAAUGGGGAGAAAAGGGAAGAAGGGUCUUAAACAGUGCUGGGUGUUGUAUAUCUGUCAUGUACUGAAG